AUGUAUAGAGUUACUCUUGUGAACGACAUUCAUAAACCUCUGCAAAAGAUCCUUUGGAGAGCAGAACCAACUCAUCCCCUAAAAACGUAUACGCUAAACACAGUGACGUAUGGCACUGCUUCAGCACCAUUCUUAGCAACCAGGUGUCUCAUGCAGCUUGCUCGAGAGUGUGAUGAUCCAUCAACGCGCUCUACAAUUGAGCAUGACUUCUAUGUCGAUGACUUUUUGUCAGGGAGUUCGUCUGUGGUAGAGACGAUAGACAAAUGUCAAAAGGUCCUUGCUGUUCUUCAAACUGGUAGGUACAAUCUACGCAAAUGGCAAUCCAAUUCAUGUGAUGUACUGAAGGCUAUUUGUGGAGAUCAGGUUACCUCUGAUUUCGUCAUCCUUAGCGAAAAUGAAUUGUCAAAGACACUAGGGCUAAACUGGAGGUGCUCAACAGACACAUUUUCCUUUGCCAUCAAUGUCACUCCCAGUAACAACACUACGAAACGUCAAAUCUUAUCGACAAUUUCCCAAAUAUUUGACCCUAUUGGCUUGGUUGUUCCUUGCAUAGUAGAGGCUAAAAUAUUAAUGCAGCAGUUGUGGCUUACGGGUUGCUCUUGGGAUGAACCCGUUUCUGAAGAGAUUCAGCAUACCUGGAGUGAAUUCACACACACUUUACCUCUUCUGAAUAAUUUCAACAUACCUCGGUGGGUUCUUUGUGAGUCAUUUAAUUGUACUUCGUUGCAGUUACAUGUUUUCACUGACGCCUCUGAAAGAGCUUACGGUGCUUGUGUGUAUGUUCGAAGUGUAUCGGAGAACGGAAAGGUUCACGUUCAUCUUCUAACGGCCAAAAGCAAAGUCGCUCCAGUCAAGUCCACAACCAUUCCCCGCCUCGAACUCUGUGCAGCAUUAUUGGGCUCACGUCUUUAUAAUAAGGUCCGUCAGUCAUUGACUUUGGAAUUUGAGGAGGUAUACUUCUGGUGUGACUCUACUAUAGUGUUGGGCUGGUUAUCUACGUCCCCAACGCAGCUUAAGACGUUUGUUCGCCAUAGAGUUUCUGAGAUACAGGAAACUACUGCGGGAAGGUCUUGGCUCUAUGUUCCCUCUCUUUUAAACCCCGCAGACCUCGCUUCGCGUGGACUCAGGGCCGACAAACUACUGUCGUCUUCGUUGUGGUGGUCAGGACCUCCAUAUCUUCUUGAAGGUACAUCUUCUUGGCCACAAUUUCCAAAUUCAAAUCAUCAUGACGUCAAUCUUCCUGAAACAGUUUCUUGUCAUCAUGUUGACGUCGUCAAUAAAACAGAUAAUCUUAUAAGUUCGUUAUUUCCUAAAUAUGCAUCUAAUCUUAACAAAUUACAACGUAUGAUUGCAUACGUGUUACGAUUCUGUAAUAAGUGUAAGAAACAGGAAUCUGCCUGCGGUUCACUCUCUUCUUCAGAAUUAAACAAUUCUUUACAUCUUCUUUGUAGAUUAUCUCAACAGGAUUCGUUUUCUGAAGAAUAUAAUUUGCUGUCAGCAGGCAAACAAUUACCUGCUAAAAAUAAACUUCUCUCCUUGUCUCCAUUCUUUGACACUAAAUCUAACUUAAUUCGUGUGGGGGGCAGGUUGAGUAAUUCCUUUUACGAUUACGAUGUUAAGCAUCCAAUUCUCUUAUCUAGUUCUCAUAUUAUUUGCAAGUUGUUAUUCAAUACGUUUCACUUGCGUCUCUUGCAUCCAGGACCACAGCUCUUACUUGCUACGAUUCGUCACCACUUCUACCCUAUUGGGGGCAGGAACUUGGCGAAGAAGGUCACACAUCAAUGCGUGAGAUGUUGUAGGAUCAAGGCAAGCACUAUCCAACCUAUGAUGGGAAAUCUUCCAGAGCAACGCUUGCAUCUGGAAUUUCCUUUCUUAGACUCCGGUGUCGAUUAUGCUGGACCUGUCAUGAUAGCUGAUCGUAAAGGACGAGGGUGUAAACUCAUUAAAGCUUUUAUUUGUGUUUUUGUGUGUCUGGCUACCAGAGCCGUCCACCUCGAACUUGUAUCGGACCUCACGAAGGAGGCUUUCCUAGCUGCCAUGAACCGCUUUAUUGCUCGAAGGGGGAAGCCACGUAACAUCUUUUCCGACAACGGUACAACGUUUGUCGGGGCUUUCAAUGAGUUGGCUAACUUGCUAUCACAGGACCUGAACUUAAGCGUCAUUGAUCCGGGCAUUAACUUCUCCUUUAUCCCUGCGUACACUCCUCACUUCGGCGGAUUAUGGGAGUCCGCAGUUAAAUCUACGAAGCACCACCUCAGAAGAGUUCUAGGUUUAACAAACCUUACUUUUGAAGAGAUGGCAACAUGUCUAAUUCAAGUGGAGGCUAUCUUGAACUCCAGGCCUUUAACUCCGCUUUCCAACGAUCCUUCCGACCUUACACCUUUAACUCCAGCACAUUUCCUUAUUGGACGAUCACUUGUUAUGUUGCCUCAUCCACAGAUCGAGAGUACGAACAUCACCAAUCUGCAACGGUUUCGACGAGUUGAAUACUUGAAACAACAUUUUUGGCAUCGUUUCUCUCAGGAAUACAUUCUGUGGCUGCAGGAGAAGACGAAAUGGCACCGAUCGUCAGGAGAGCUGAAAGAAGGGACACUCGUUGUCAUUAAGGAUAAAAGCUUACCGCCUUUACUCUGGCUUUUAGGGCGCAUCACACGGGUGCUUCCUGGCAGAGAUGGCGUAGCCAGAGUCGCCGACAUCCACACGCGAAGGGGUGUCAUUCGGCGAGCCUUUAACACCAUCUGCCCUCUACCUGUCUCUGUUGAAGACUCUUCAACGGGGGGAGGAUGUUGA